GGGGGGAGGAGGAUGUGAGACUGGGUUAGAGAAAUGAAAGAGAGCAAGCCCUGUUGGUGACACUUAGCACAUUCUUCCUGAGGACAGCACACCCUCCUUGUGCAAGAGCCCAGAUCCCCAGGUGCUGAAGGCUGAGGGCUGCAGAAGAGCUGCAGAGAGACCCAGCAAGCCAUGGUGUUUCCAUGGAGAUGCAAGAGUACUCCACGGGGCUCAUGGAACAUCCUCAAGCUGUGGGUCUGGACAGUGCUCUGUUGUGACUUCCUGGCACACCAUGGAACUCACUGCUGGACUUACCACUAUUCUGAAAAAUCCAUGAACUGGGAAAAUGCUAGAAAGUUCUGCAAGGAAAAUUACACAGAUUUAGUGGCCAUACAAAAUAAGAGAGAAAUUGAAUAUUUGGAGAAGACAUUGCCGAAAAACCCUACUUACUACUGGAUAGGAAUCCGGAAAAUUGGAAGAACAUGGACAUGGGUGGGAACCAGAAAACCUCUCACUAAAGAAGCAGAGAACUGGGGAGCUGGGGAGCCCAACAAUAAGAAGUCCAAGGAGGACUGUGUAGAGAUCUAUAUCAAGAGGGAAAGAGACUCUGGGAAAUGGAAUGACGAUGCCUGCCACAAACGAAAGGCAGCUCUCUGCUACACAGCCUCUUGCCAGUCUGGGUCUUGCAGUGGCCACGGAGAAUGUGUGGAAACCAUCAACAAUCACACCUGUAACUGUGAAGAGGGGUUUUAUGGACCCCAAUGCCAGUAUGUGGUCCAGUGCGAGCCUCUAAAGGCCCCGGAGCUGGGCACCAUGGACUGCACUCACCCCUUGGGAGACUUCAGCUUCCACUCACAGUGUGCUUUCAACUGUUCUGAGGGAGCAGAGCUACUUGGCAUUGGAGAAACACACUGUGGACCGGACGGAAACUGGUCAUCCCUAGAGCCAGUCUGUCAAGCCACUCAGUGCCAGGCUCUCACGGCGCCCGACCUGGGAGCUAUUGAAUGCAGUCAUCCCUUGGCCAACUUCAGCUUCACUUCCGCUUGCACCUUCACCUGCGCAGAAGGAACUGAAUUAACUGGGGAGAGAAAAACCGUCUGUGGCUCAGCUGGCAUCUGGUCUAGUCCUAGUCCAAUAUGUCAAAAGACAGACAGAAGUUUCUCAAAGAUCAAAGAAGGAGACUAUAACCCCCUCUUCAUUCCGGUGGCUGUCACCGUUACCGCAUUCUCGGGGCUGGCAUUUAUCAUUUGGCUGGCAAGGAGGUUAAAAAAAGGCAGGAAAUCUCAGGAAAGGAAGGACGAUCCAUACUAACUCAUCCUUUGUGAAAGGAAAAGUCACAGGGUACUAAAAAUCCAUCUGGAAACAGCUUCAAAUCCUCCCGCAGAGACUUUGCAUGCAGGCAUCACCCACACUGAAGAUGAAAUGUUGGUCUCCAUGUUUCUGGAAGGAUCCCUACCUGGCCAACAGCUCCCCUAGGCAACUCCAUGUUUCCCCAUCCCCAUAACCCUAGCCCAUAAUUUUUGUUGCUAAAGAUACAGCUCAGGCUUUUACUAUCUUUUCUGUGGAGGAACAAACAAGACUGUUGAGGCACAGGGCUGCUGUGGAAUGGAAAGAUGGCUGCUGUCACUCUUUUCUACCUCUCGUUGCCUGCUUCAGUAUGCAUCAGUGCCAGUCACAGUGAAAAUUGGAUACGUGCGUGACUGAAAACUCAGAUUCCUUCAAGUCCAUAAACUAUGAUAAGGAUGAUAAAAACGUUUACUUUCCACCUCCAAAGAAGGGAGUUCUACACAAGUCGGAAAAGCAUCAUUUGCUGUAGCCCCAAUUCCUGUGAGUGGAAACCACACUCACCUUCCCUAUCCCCUCAGGCGGCUGACUUCCACACGCAGAUCUCACAGCCAUGGAACAAAUCAGAGAAAACCACCUGCUCUGACUUUUAGUUUUGAGUUUUCGCUUCUCUUUAUUAGAUCUCUCUAGGUUCCUUGAGGUCAGUGUUCUGAUGAUCACUGAUUGCUAAUAAUGACGAAACCCACUGUCUUGGAACUUAGGAAAAUGAGUUAAAAUAGGUAGAAAGAUUCCUGGGCUCAUGCUGGAAGGACACCUUCUCCUUUCCUUAAUUUCUCUUACUCAGAUACAUAAAUUCUAUUCUUCAAGUCUUGGGACAGCUGUCCCACAGCCCUUGCCAAUUCUUUUAUACUAGCUCUUUAACUUGUCCAAGUCAUAAGCAAUCUCAUUUUUCCGGCUUCACUCUGCAAGAUCUGUAAUAUGAUGCAUUUAAAUACAGCCCAAUUUUACAAACUUAGUCUGUUGUUCAUGUAUGAGAAUAUACACUGUUUUUUCCUAGCUGAGGAUGUACCUUUCUUGAGGGAAGAAAUUGUGCCAGCUCUCUCAAGUCCCUAGUUCGUUACUUGACACUUGGUAAACUGUUGGAUUACAAUCCAGGAAUAAAGCUGUGUGAAGAGAUUUCUGAAAGCUUGGGAGAAAACUCCAAAUAAACAAGACCAGAGACCUGUAAAUUCUGUUCCUAUACUAUAUAUGAAUUUCUUCCUGGAAUGUGUUUUCGUGCCCCUCCUGGUGUAAAUGGGAGGGGGUUUACUUCAGAUUACUCAUAAUUUUACUAUUAUUACUUAGAUAAUACUUCCAAGCAUGGGUUAUCCUUGUGACUGUAUUUGGCUUGAACUAAUGUGGCAUUGUCCUUUUGACUGUAUAAGCCAAAACUCAUGUGACCUUGCCCUCAUGACUGUAUGCUGCCUGGACUCUGAAACCUUGCACAUAUGACUGCCUAACCCUCAAAACACAAACUUUCUGAUGCCCUGAAUAAAGAUGAUUAUUGCAUGA